CCUGAUCUCUCCGGUAGCGAAGGGCUGGAGGCAAACACCGAGCUCCCCCAGAGCCGCCCGGGAGCAGGGAGGGCUCCGCUACCCCGGGGGGCCCUCCCCGCGGGGCAGAUGAGUUCAACAUCCAGACUCUCCGAGCUGUGUUCAGGUCACCCAAGCAUUCCAUCCUCUUGACUUUCCAUAAACUGCUGGAUUCAUAACCUGCUCCAUACUUGAGAACAUGCGGAUUGGAAUAAGGUGUGCCCGAUGUGCUGAGAGUGCAGAGGUGAAUCAGAGGAUGCACUGUUAGUGGGGGAGAUGGACAGGGAGAGUGAGAGAAACAUCAACAUGAGAGAAACCAUUGAUCAGUUGCCUCCCAUAUGCACUGUGAUCGGGAAUUGAACCUGCAACCCAGGAACAUUUUAGUGGAUAAACCAAACGACCAAUCUUCAAGGUGGUCUUCAGAGAGCAAUUAUCCUCCCCAGUACUUGGUUCUGAAGCUUGAAAGGCCUGCUAUAGUCCAGAAUAUCACAUUUGGAAAAUAUGAGAAAACGCAUGUCUGUAAUUUGAAGAAAUUUAAAGUCUUUGGUGGAAUGAAUGAAGAAAACAUGACAGAGCUAUUAUCCAGUGGCUUAAAGAAUGAUUAUAACAAAGAAACAUUCACCUUGAAGCAUAAAAUUGAUGAACAGAUGUUUCCUUGUCGAUUCAUUAAAAUAGUUCCACUCUUAUCCUGGGGACCCAGCUUUAACUUUAGCAUCUGGUAUGUUGAACUUAGUGGCAUUGAUGAUCCUGAUGUAGUACAACCUUGUCUCAACUGGUAUAGCAAGUACCGUGAACAGGAAGCCAUUCGCCUUUGCCUAAAACACUUUAGACAACACAACUAUACAGAAGCCUUUGAAUCACUGCAAAAGAAAACGAAGAUUGCCUUGGAACAUCCUAUGUUAACAGAUCUGCAUGAUAAACUGGUGUUGAAGGGUGAUUUUGAUGCUUGCGAAGAGCUGAUUGAAAAAGCUGUGAAUGAUGGCUUGUUCAAUCAGUAUAUCAGUCAACAGGAGUAUAAGCCACGAUGGAGUCAAAUCAUUCCCAAAAGCACCAAAGGUGACGGGGAAGAUAACAGACCAGGAAUGAGAGGAGGUCAUCAGAUGGUUAUUGAUGUUCAAACAGAGACCGUUUAUUUGUUUGGUGGCUGGGAUGGAACACAAGAUCUUGCUGACUUCUGGGCAUACAGUGUGAAGGAGAACCAGUGGACAUGUAUCUCUAGAGACACUGAGAAAGAGAAUGGUCCUAGUGCCAGAUCAUGUCAUAAAAUGUGCAUUGACAUUCAACGAAGGCAAAUCUACACGUUGGGUCGUUAUUUGGAUUCCUCUGUGAGGAACAGCAAAUCUCUGAAAAGUGACUUUUAUCGUUACGACAUUGACACUAACACAUGGAUGUUACUCAGUGAGGAUACAGCUGCUGAUGGAGGGCCGAAAUUGGUGUUUGAUCAUCAGAUGUGUAUGGACUCAGAAAAACAUAUGAUCUACACCUUUGGUGGUAGAAUUUUGACGUGUAAUGGCAGCGUAGAUGACAGCAGAGCCAGUGAACCACAAUUCAGUGGGUUGUUUGCUUUCAACUGUCAGUGUCAAACCUGGAAACUUCUUCGAGAGGACUCUUGUAAUGCUGGGCCUGAAGAUAUCCAGUCUCGGAUAGGACACUGCAUGCUCUUUCACUCAAAAAAUCGUUGCUUAUAUGUAUUUGGUGGCCAGCGAUCGAAGACAUAUUUGAAUGAUUUCUUUAGUUAUGAUGUGGACUCUGAUCAUGUAGACAUAAUAUCAGAUGGCACCAAGAAAGACUCUGGAAUGGUUCCCAUGACAGGAUUCACACAGAGAGCAACCAUUGAUCCAGAACUGAAUGAAAUACAUGUCUUAUCUGGACUCAGCAAAGACAAGGAAAAGAGGGAAGAGAAUGUCAGAAAUUCAUUCUGGAUUUAUGACAUAGUGAGGAAUAGUUGGUCUUGUGUCUAUAAAAAUGAUCAGGCUGCAAAGGAUAAUCCAACUAAAAGUCUUCAGGAGGAAGAACCGUGUCCAAGAUUUGCACAUCAGCUUGUAUAUGAUGAGUUACACAAGGUUCAUUACUUAUUUGGUGGGAAUCCAGGAAAAUCUUGCUCCCCAAAAAUGAGAUUAGAUGACUUCUGGUCACUGAAGUUGUGUAGACCUUCAAAAGAUUACUUACUGAGGCAUUGCAAGUACCUCAUAAGAAAACACAGGUUUGAAGAAAAGGCUCAAAUGGAUCCUCUUAGUGCACUGAAAUACUUACAAAACGAUCUUUAUAUAACUGUGGAUCAUUCAGACCCAGAAGAGACAAAAGAGUUUCAGCUCCUCGCUUCAGCUUUAUUCAAAUCUGCUUCAGAUUUUACAGCUCUAGGCUUUUCGGAUGUGGAUCACACCUAUGCUCAAAGAACUCAGCUCUUUGACAUCUUAGUAAAUUUCUUUCCUGACAGCAUGACUCCUCCUAAAGGCAACCUGGUAGACCUCAUCACGCUGUAACUGAAGAGUCACUGGCCACACAUGGAGAACAGGAGUCUGCUUUCAGUAUUCUGGAUUUCAGCUCUGCUGACCGACACUUAGGCUGCAGUGAUUGAGGACUGCACCGGAAUUUUGAAGGGACCUUCAACCAUCACAAGUUCUAACCCUCUUUCGUCAUACCUGACCUCGACCCCAUUCUCCUCAUCCCAUUCCCCAAUUAGGUUAAUAAUAAAGUGAAAUUGGUGUACUUUCCAUUUAAAUAUAUAUAUUUUUUACUUUAACUUUUAAGAAUUAAUGAUUAUAAAAAAUAAUAAUCAGGUAGUUUACCCUUUCCUGAUUUUUAUUUCAUUUUUAUAAAAUUAGGGCAAGUAAGCACUAUUAACAGACUCAGUGCUACAAGAAUUGGGAUUUUGUUGUUUGGCCUUUCCUCUUCCCAUUUCACUUUACCUUGCAUCACACGACUGCUUGUAAGUGGUGUCACUUGUUUACCUCUUUACUUCAUUCUUAAUAGUAUAUAGUUCUGUAUGGCAAUUGAUGUACGUUAAAGUGAUAUAUAUGUGUCUCUGUUGACUAGAGUCUUGUAUUAACAUUAAGCAACAGAAGAAACAGAAGGCUCAAAUUUACGCUCCUUGUCAUAGAACUAAAAAAUGAAACCCAAGAUUGGUUGAGGCACUUAUCUGAGAUUGGUAUACAAUAUUUCUACAAUGGAUAUUAGAAUAGCUUUGAGUCACAGAAACCUUAAACUGAAAGAGUAUAGUUCAGAACCUUUAAGAGCCCUUGUAAAAGUUAUCAGCAGGAGGAUUCUGGAAGUGAUUGAUAUGUUCAUUGAUAUCUUUGUAGUAAUUUCGGAAGAAAAUGACUUUUUCCUCUGGUAGAACCAUGCAGAACCAAGGUUUCUGUUACUUCCUUGUGCUAUCAAUUUGUAGCAUUUUCAUUUGGGAGGGUGGGUGUCCAGAAUUCUGCUUUUGUUUAUUCACAUAUAUACUGGCUCCCUACAUCUGCUUCUGCAUACUGAUAUUUUAAAGAAUAAUGGUGUCUAGUUGUCCAAAUGAAUACAACUGGCAAGGCAUUUCAUUAAGCACACAGACUGGACUUUUUUAAAUGAAAAAAAAAGAAAAUUAAUGGUGCAAAUAUUUUUUCAUUACAAUCUAAAGAAAGGGAAGGAAAAGGCAGAUUGGUUUUUCCACUUUUUUUGUGGGGUGGUGGAGCUCUAUAUUAUUCCAUGAGGUGCUAUGGAAUGCAAUAUAAGAAACCUACACCUGGCCAGUGCUUACAUCUGCUCAAAAAGCAUGCUGUGUUCAACUGAUACCCACCAUGCUUAAAGCAUACUAAGUAUAAUGAAUAUCCAUCAAUCCAGUGACUCUUAAGAGUAAAUGACUAUGGAAUUCAGUAUGUCCCUGAGUAGCAAGAUAGGUCUCACCAAAGAAAGAGAGAAGUUGACUUGCACUUUUGAGAAGUCUCAUUAUAGGAUUGAGACUUUGUGAUCCAUCUUCACUCUGUAUUACAUAGUUUUACUACUUUUGGGAUGGACAGACAUAUAUUUUCUCUAGUUCUAGUCUUGAAUCUUGGGCUCCUUAGCUUUCAAGCUUUCCAAAGCAAUCAGUAAUGAUUUAUUAAACAAUUAAAUCUGUACCUUGUGAAAAUGUAGUGUAUAAUUUAGUAAAUACCAAAUUGUAUAGUUACAGAAUAACCGAUUGUCUUUACAGGUGAGCAAAUAGAAUUUACUUACAAACUUGUACAGUUUCAUAAAACGAUUCUUCUGAGUGACAGACCAGGACAUAAAAUAUUAGUAUCACUAAUAUGGUAGCCAGUUGAAUCUUGUGAUAACAAAUACAAAUCAAAGAGUUGAUAGGGAAGAACUUGAUAAGAGUUUCUAAAUUUAAAACCUUGAAUUUUGCUUUCUGUGAAUUCUAGCACUUUAAAAACAUUAACCAAAUGAAAUUCUGCCCUCCACCAUAUAUUUUUUUUUUUUGUAGUUGCUUUGUCUUUUUUUAUUUUUUUAUUUUUUUCAUUUAUUUAGAUUCCAUUUUUGGAGGAAACUCAGUUUCUGACCUCAUUGAUUUUUGUUGUUGUUUUUCUUGUUUUAUCUGGAUAGUAGUAGUUGUUUUUGUUUUGUUUUGUUUUAACAGAUGCUUGUUUUAGUUUUAUCUCUUCUCUAUUAGAUGUGGGACUUCAUUUCUGAAUUUCUCUUUCGCUAACAUUUAAAUGCCAUUGAAUCAUAGCAAAUUAUUUAGUGUUGCUUGAGAGACUGUAUUGAGGUGAUUAUUAACUAGGUAAAUCAGAAUUUGCACCUUGGAGCUUUACACUGCUGGUAAUGAUUGUAGGAAAAUGUAGGGCUUCAUUAUAUCCAUGCUCAAGAUUGACACAUUGCUCACAUUUCACAUCCCUGAUUUGAAACCUAUACAUUUAAUGAGGAGUUCCAUUUAUUUCCAGGAAUUCCAGCAGUAUGUUUAAUUUAAAUAAUCUAAUUUAGUAUUUAGAUACAUUUUUUAGAUAGGCAAGUAGCUAUGUUUUGCCAUUUUAAAAUUUUUUCAUUCUACUUUAGUAUCUCUCAGAUUGAAACACCUGGCUUGUGCUAGUUAGUGGAGUACGGUUUGUUCAAUUUCAUUGUCCUUUGCUUCAACUUCAUUCCCAUUUCUUCCACCCCCACCACCUGCCAGUGGAAUAUAUUAUUCUGAAAUAGUAAACUAGAAACAGUUUAUUUAAACUAGAAGUAAACUGCAUCUCUAACAUUUUAAGUUCUUGUACUUCAUGAGAAAUUAUAUGAUUUGCAAGGUACUUCUAAAUGCAUUUGCAUUUUGUGGAAUGACAGAGACCUCAUGUGGACAGCUUGAUUAAUUCAAAUAUAUCAGUGUCUUAUUCAAGCAAAGGGAUUUAAACUUGGGUGCCUAACUGCUCUAAAGCUGACAGUAUUGCCUUUAGCGAGAGCAUCGUUUUAAACCUGGUGUAAACCUGGUUUUCAUUUAUGCUAAAACUGGCCUGUCCAUGUCUAAUAAGUAAAACUGAUAGAGAACAUUACGAAGUUAAUUUCGGCCUGCAGGGCUUAAAGCUCAGUGAUUCAAGAUUGUAAACUAUUCUUGGGUGAAAUGUGUGUAUGGAAUAAAAAUGGUUGCCAGCUUAUCCUCCCAGUGGAUCUUUUCACAUCUGCCUUAAAAGUGCUCUUCAGAACUACAUUUACAGUUUCAUCUAAUAAAAAGUUUUAAAAUCUAACCUACAUCACUUAAUCAUUUAUUGAAAGAUGAAGAAUGAUGCUUAAUUGAUGAAAACACACUUAGAAAGGAGUAUAUUCCUCAUUUUAUUCUCUGAAUUACGCUCAGUUUCAUGGCAAUUACAUGAGCAGUUACUCUGAAAUUCUUACCACUAAAUGAAAUUCACUGGGUAAUUGUGAGUCCUGGAUUAUUUCCUGAGAGAAGGUGUUAACUCUAGCUGGUUGAAUGUUGCAAAGCAGUUGAGAACCAGGAUUUGAAAUGAUUUCUAUGGGGCCAGGAAAUCCUUAGGAUGAAUACUCUAAACAAAGUCAUCUAGCUAUGAAAAAUACACCUUUCACAACCUUUGUUAAAAAUCCAUGCUCAUCUGCAGUGUCAUCAUUUUGCAGAAAUUCUCACCUGAAUUUUUACUAUUUUAAAUUCUUAAAAAUAACCUGUAUCUGGGAUGUGCAGGCUUCCUCAGAAAAGGUUUAUAGUUAUUGGAGAAGUGUAUCAGAGGGUCUGCAUAUGAUGAUACUUGUAGAUAAGAUCUUUGGGCUUUUUCACUCAAAGAUCCCUAUAUUUCCUAAUAGGUAACAUUUUUUUUUUGUGAUUUUUGACUGGCCUAUUAUGCUGAAGUGACUUGGCUUCCUAAAACUUCUAAUCUACAGGUAUGUCACUUGAAGUUGGAAUUUUCCAAGUUUGUCGCAAUGAUUAAGAGCCAACUGGAUCAGCUGAAUGUUGAUGCCAUUGUUUUGGUGGGAAGGACUCAUUGCUGUUUAUGGAAUUCUUUACCAAAUGCUCUUUUUAUUUUUCUCAAAAAGUGCUAUCUUAGAGCUUUUAUUCAUAAAUAAUUUUAACCUUGACUUCUUCCUACCCACCAAAUACUGUGAAUUGUGUUUUUAUUAUUUUUCUGACUGUAUUCUUGGCUGUUUUAGCCCUAGACUUUCUAGAUUUUUGGUGGCAUUGCUAAUAACAAGUGUUGUACUGCUUGAGGGGAAAAAAGGUUGAAAUCAUUCUGCAGCAUCAUACUCUUUUAUCCUUGUUUAUGACAACAGAAUAGUGAAAUUAUUAAUUGUAUAUUAUUAAAGAAUAACAAUCAGAUGCUACUAUAAAAAUACUGGUCAUUUUCAUUUGGGGGAUAGUAAUAUGGCUAUGGCAGCUUUAAUGGAGAAGCCAGUGCUGACUUCUUUUCCUGGCACUAGGAAAUAUAGUCAUAAAGUUACUGAUAAGGCACAAGUUUCACGCAGAGCUUUUGGAAUUCAGUACCUCACCAGAAUUUCCAUUUGCCUAUUGUCUCGUCUUUUUUAUUUGUUUGGUUUUUUUUCUUUUCUUUUUUUUUUUCUUUUUGCCUCUCUUCUCCCUACUUCCUUCUCCAAGUAGCAUUGAUUUUCUGCUCAAGUUGGAAUUUGUGUUAAGAAUUGACUUAAUUUCUAAUAUGAUUUAGCAUUGAGAAUUUUGAUUGCUAUGUAAUGAUUAGUGUUCAUUUUUUCUUAAGUAAAAAUAAUGCAGGCUUAUAAAUGUCUCUUCCCCUCAACAAUGUGAAUUUAGCUCGAGUUCCAAAUGACUAAAUCUUAUUCCUAGUCAUAGUCAAUGAAAAAAAUCCUCUGACUAGAUCCUAUAGCCCUUAAGGAGUCAUUAGAAGUUACAAUAAAUCAGAUUUUCUAGUGGUGUGGAGAGAGAUACCCUUGUGGGAAACCCUUCCCUUGUAUGUCUUUUUCUGUUAGGUAGAACUAAAGUUACAGAUCUCGAACUAGGAAUCCCAAAUCAAAGCUUAAAAACACCAGAAUCAAGGGGAACUUCAGUUUAUCUUUCAUGUUAGAGGCAUUACUUGGAAGUAAAGUUUGCGAAUAGACUUUCACGUCCUCAACCACUGCCUGGCUUGAUUUAAAACAAUGUUACGUGGAUGUUAUCUGAGAGCUAUAGGAUCAAUGACAGAAACGGAGGGGGGGUGCGCAGCACAUAAUUUAGUAGGGAAGUAGACCAUUUGUAAGAUAUCACUUGUAAUUGUGAAAUAAUUUUUCUUUUUGUCUGUUGUUCGCUCCACCUUAAUGGACUAUUAAAAUUUGUGUGCAGUGUCUUAUUGUGCUUGUCUAUGCGACUUUCACUUGGAGAUAUUGAGCCUCAGAGAGGAAAAGGAGUAUUUACUAGAAAAGGAAAAGAGAACUUCUUUUUCUCACAGUUUUGAAGAUCCCCAAAUAUAAAUAAAAAAGAACGCUCUUCCUUUCUAACCCUAAAUUAAUUUUAUUAAUGCAGUGCUGGAAAGAAGACUUACUCAAAAGGGAUCAACUCUCAGUUAUUCUGAGUAGCCUUUGGAAAGGAGCAUUUCUUGGUUAGUUUCUUUUCUCAUCUCCCAAAUAACUUUGAGAUCUUGAAACAGAAAACCCAGUGUAAUGGGCCCAAGACCGUAAACUAGGUAAGCAGUUUCUUCUGUGUACAGCUAGUUCCUUGAUAAGGGUCCAGAGGGAAAACGAUCAGUAAAACAUUUUAACAUGCAUUUGUAGGCUCCCGCAGGACUUGCUUUUCCUUGAGUUUAAGCUCUCGCUGCAGCACAGCUCUGCACCAUGUGGGGCGCUGGCAUUCACAGCAGUGAGGCUGAGGGUCCGAGCUGUCUGCCACGCAGGUACCAGCCGGCCUUAGGAGACCAUCAUCUUCAGUUUCACUCAGUGCUUAGCUAAUGCCAAGUUAAUCAGCAGGAAGGAAAAACUGUUGAUACACUAAACAGGCCUGUGUGAAUGAUUGAAAGUUGCUCAAAUAGCCAAUUUUGAGCUUUAUCCCUCUCCUUUGUUAACAAAUCUCAAGAAAGCCUUUGUUCAGUUUAGCUAGUGUCAUUUGGUUGGUGUUUGUUUUCUAGCCCUUCAAAAUAGGGGGGAAAAAAAUGUCAUUUCAUGCUUAAUACCCCACACAGAAUUGUGUCCAUGUUUUAAAAUAAAUUAAUUAAACAUAAUGCCAAAGUUCUCUGUUUAUUCUGCUUGGCUGAGAAAUACAUGUGUUCUGGGCUUGGCAUUAGAAGUAUUUAGUAACUUUGAUUUCUUCUUCAGGUGCCUCCAUAUCUGUAAAGUGAUUAAUUAAAUUAGAGACUAUAUCUAGAAUAAGUCCAAUUCCAUUGCAGCUGGCAGAGUUUUCUGAAUUCAUUUUACAACAAAAUGAGUAGAGGAUCUUAUGCCGUCAGAUGUUUGCAAAUGCCUGUUUAGUGUAUUGCCUUCUAGUUGUUGUCUUUACCUUCUUGAGAUGAAAGUGUGGUGAGGACUGAGGACAGAGAUGUACAGCUUUACAUUUUUUUAAAUUGCCUACCUAAAGAAGUUCUACAGUACUUUUCACCUUUUAAAGGCUUAGCUUAAUUUUACAUACCAUACAUUAACUGUGCUUGUAAAAGUCCUGAAUACAAAGUUAUAAGACAUGCUAAAGUAGUUGCCUAUCCAACCCCAAAUUUGAUAGUAGGGUAUCAAAGUCCAAAAGUUUAAAUGUGAGUAGUCUGUGGGGCAGAUAAUAUAUUUUAAAAAGUCAUGUGCGUGGUCUGCUUUAUGAUUUUUUUUUUCUUCUUUCCCAGAAAUAUUUUUGUGACUGACUAGUUGUAAACUGUGUUCUCCCUCAAUUGUAAACCACCCAUUUGGAGGAAUAAAAGUGGACUUUCUUAAAUAUUACAUUUAGCUUGGCCAAAAGAUGCUGUGAUUGUGUUAUUUUGUAAGCCAGCUUGCUUUUUUGACUUGUGCGAAAUGUCUUUUGGAAUGUAUAAAUUAGAUAGUGUAGUAUUAAUUUUCCUUUAUUUCUUCAGUUCAAUUUAGAAAUUGCAAGAUAAUGUGACUUUUUUUAUGAGCAGUUUCCUUUGUGGACACACACACAGUUGACCUUUGAAUAAUACAGUUGACCUUUGAACUGCACAGGUCUACUUAUAUGUAGGUUUUUUUCCAACAAAUACUGUAAAUAUAUUUUCCUUAUGAUUUUUUAACAUUUUCAUUUCUCUAGUUUAUUGUAAGAACAUAGUAUAUUAUACAUAAAACAUACCAAAAUGUGUAUUAAUUAAUCAACUGCAUGUUUUUGGUAAGGCUCUGCUCAACAGUAGGCUGUCAGUAAUUUAAGUUUUGGGGGAGUCAAAAAUUAUACAUGGAUUUUCGACUGCAUGGGAGUCCAGAGCCGCUACCCGCCACGUUGUUCAAGGGUCAGCUAUAUACGUUUUUUCUUUGAAAGAGAUUUCUUCCCUGUUACAACUUCAAAAUCUAUGUACAGUUGAGUCUAUGGCCUCAGAAGAGCACAGGAAAACCACGGUGAGGAACUCCUUGUCUUGGUCUUUGUCUUGGUAACAACCUUUAUUCCAUCUUUCAAAAUGGUGUGUGUUAAAAUUUGUUUUUUAAGUCGACUCUUUUAGUUCUUUUUUAAAUUAGAAGUACUCAAUGGGCAGAAAUUAAGAUCCCUCCUGAUAGAGAUUCUCAGAAACAAAGUUGGACUGGAAAUUAGCUUGAGCAGGACGAUAGAGCUCCAUCCAAAGCCAGUAGGUUUGUUCUUUCCGCGUCUGCUUAUUACUGCUGUGGAGAGCACCUUUGUUACAGCAUCCCCUGGGCUGGAAACAUGGUGUUAGAGCGACCUGCUCAUUGGAAAGCUGGGAAGUGUUAAAUAUCUUUUAUGAAACUUUUAAAUAUCACUUAUUGAUGUUUGUGAUUAUAAAAAUGUUUAUAAUAGAAAUUUAGGAAAUAAGAUUGUAAAGAAGGAAAACCGCUAUAUAUUAACUGAUGAGACAUACUUGUUUUAUUUUCCUGACUUCCGUUACCAAACAUGGUAAAGGCCAGAAAAAAGGUUUAAGAAAAAAAUGGACACAAUCAUUCUCAUUCUUUUACCACAUGUGGAGGACUGGGAUGCGAGCAUGUGUGCCCACCCUUACAUUCCUUUGAGCAUUGCCCUUUUCUAGACAGUCUGGAAAUAAUUCUGUUGAUAUGUACCUUUUAAGACUGAAUUAUGGAUGUAAGAUAUUACCCAGAAGCUGUUGGGAGCUGCCUUAUUGAGACCAUUGGAAAUUUCAUCUCAAAGACUCAUGUUAAUGAGUAAUCUCUUUAUGCACCAUUAUGCCCAUUUGGAGCAUAUCCAUACCCAUGAAGAGCUUUUUGUUGAGAUGUAUCUUUUCAAUAUGACCAUAAUUAAACCCACACCCAAAAAAGAUGAGGUACUUUUGAAAGGCCAAAGGAAAAGCAGAGCAAAGCAAAGCAAAAGGAAGAUAAGCAAAAUAAACACAAAUGUAAACAAGAAGUCCUUGAAACAAGAGUCCCCCUAAUCAAGCGUAAGCAAAUGUGUCUUCAAAAAAUGUUUCUGUGCUCACCAGCCAACAUUCAGAAGUUUUGGGUUUCAUUUGAGACUCCUCCGUGGGAGAACGAGGUAACUGCAGCCUGUCAGGGUUCUACUCUUGUUCACCCUCUUCUGUGACAAUGCAGGGGCGUAAGGCUGUAUCCUGAGGUACCUACAUCAGGAUGGAAAUCAUGGGGGAACUCGGGAACAGCAGACAUCAGCUAGUUAUAGCUUUUUAACACAAGUGCUUCGGGGCAUUAGUUCUUUUCUAAUAUUGUUCCAAGUCAUUGUUGAGCUAUGUUGAGUGUUCUGCAAUCUUCCCCAUUCCCGUCAUGAUCCUCUAGCUUCGCUUACUUUUGCUCAGUCUGUGUGGACAUUGUAGGGUUUGUUUGUUUAGUACAAGUAAUCUGAUCCCAGGUUUGAUGAAUGUGUUAUCAACAAACACUGCUUUGUGAGCAGUGAUCUGCUGAACAAUUGCAAUUGUAGAAUUGUUGUAUGUAAUGUACAUAUGGAGAAAGAAUGUAUUUUGUUCAUUUUCUU